AUGCAGUCUUGGAAUCGUCUGGUCCGCUUCGUCGCCGUUGAGGACCACCUCGAACACAUCGGCGAGCCCAUCGAUCCGGAUCUCGACAUUGGGGACGCCCUCUCGACCACAACUCCAGCCAAAGUCCGCAUCACAACCUCCAGCUCGCCCUUAGAUCUCAACCUGACCUUCACGUCCACAAUCCUCACAAUCGCGAGUCUGCUCCCUCCCAUGUCCCGUUCUGAGAUCGGCACGAUCCGCUGCAUCGGGCUGAACUACCACUUGCACGCCAAAGAAAUGUCCCUACCAAUCCCAACCUAUCCGUCUCUGUUCUUUAAGCCGGCGACAGCUCUCGGAUGCCCUUCGGCACCGCUCAUCAUCCCACAUCAAGCCACCGACGAACAAGCCGACUACGAAGCCGAGCUGGCGUUUGUGAUCGGCAAGACAUGCCGGAACGUGUGCAAGGCCGACGCCGAGAGAUACAUUUUGGGAUACAUGUGUUCCAACGACGUGACGGCUCGCAAGUGGCAGUUUGCCGGCAGCAACAGCCAGUGGGGCUAUGGCAAAGGUUUCGAUGGGUUCGCACCGAUGGGUCCCUGUCUUGUGUCUUCGCGGAAGAUCAAGUUGUCUGAUCUGGGAAUGGUUGAGGUCAGAACGGAGGUGAAUGGAGAGGUGUUGCAGAACGGGCGAGGAGACGAUAUGAUCUUUGGAGUCGCGGAGGUUGUGGAGCAUUUGAGUCGAGGGACGACGCUGGAGGCUGGGACGGUAGUUAUGUUGGGAACGCCGCCUGGAAUUGGGGUUAGUAGAGUGCCGCCGAGGUGGUUGAAGGAUGGAGAUGAGGUGCGGAUCGUUGGUAGUCAUGGCCUAGGAAGUUUGGUCAACCGGGUCGUGUAUGAGAAAGGGCCGGAAGACAGGUGA